GCUGACGCCUGCAGCGAACGCCAGGCGCCGCACCGCAGCUGGAGGCUGGGCUCGUGACUCACACCGAAGCAGCUGAGGAGCAGCGAAGUAGCCUCUCGCAGUUGCAGACCGGCGGCAGGCUCCAGCACAGCUGCACUAGCAGAGGACCAAGGUUGGUCUCGGCAGUCAUGUGGAAGUUACCUAUGUUGAAGCAAUGCUGCUGUGGUUGUUCUCUCAAGAGGGGGAGCAUUAUCAUUGGAGUUCUGGGGAUAGUGCACGGGAUAGCGACCAUCGUCGAGGCAGUUCAUCUUUUCUGCGGGACAUGCCCGACAACGUUCAAGAUGAGCCUCGGGCUAGAUGAUGAGAUGACGGUGGUGACGGGAAGCGUGUUGGGCUCGCUACUCAUCGCUCUCGGCAUCGUCCUCAUAGUUGCUAGCAUCAUGGAGGUGCCGCGCGUGGUGCUGGCGUGGGUGGUGGGCCGCGGCCUGGUGGGGCUGCUGACCGUCUUCCUGGUGCCCAUCAGCAUCGGGCUGAAGGUGGCGGAGGGCGGCGUCAGCCGCCUCUUCGCCGCGCACGCUUUCCUCGUCUUCGGCGUCCCCGAGAUAGGUCUGGACAUUUACUUCCUGCUCGUGGUGUACAGUUUCUACCGAAUAAUUGCGGGAAACGAACCGCCGCCUGAAGACGUGUGACGGCUGACUUCUCCCUCCGAUGGCGCCGAAGCCAUCACUGCUGGUCCUCCUCCCUGUCCAAAUACAACCGCAUAAACUGGGUUGCACGCAAGUGUUUUCCUGUGUGUGUGUGUGUGUGUGUGUGUGUGUGUGUGUGUGUGUUUCAUAACGCAUUUGUAUUUAUUCUCAAUAAAUUCAUGAGGUAUGAAAUUAAAAAACAACUGAACAGUUAUUAAAAACGAUAAUUUAUUUCAUGCACCUUGAUUUAUAUUUACGAGGUGCAUUCAAGUUCGAAGGCCUCCGAUUUUUUCCUAAUUAACUACUCACCCGAAAUCUAUGAAACUGGCGUUACUUCUCGACGUAAUCGCCCCGCAGACGUACACAUUUUUCUCAACGCUGACACCAUGAUUCCAUGGCAGCGGCGAAGGCUUCUUUAGGAGUCUGUUUUGACCACUGGAAAAUCGCUGAGGCAAUAGCACCACGGCUGGUGAAUGUGCGGCCACGGAGAGAGUCUUUCAUUGUUGGAAAAAGCCAAAAGUCACUAGGAGCCAGGUCAGGUGAGUAGGGAGCAUGAGGAAUCACUUCAAAGUUGUUAUCACGAAGAAACUGUUGCGUAACGUUAGCUCGAUGUGCGGGUGCGUUGUCUUGGUGAAACAGCACAUGCGCACCCCUUCCCGGACGUUCUUGUUGCAGUGCAGGAAGGAAUUUGUUCUUCAAAACAUUUUCGUAGGAUGCACCUGUUACCGUAGUGCCCUUUGGAACGCAAUGGGUAAGGAUUACGCCCUCGCUGUCCCAGAACAUGGAAACCAUCAUCUUUUCAGCACUGGCGGUUACCCAAAUUUUUUUUGGUGGCUGUGAAUCUGUGUGCUUCCAUUGCGCUGACUGGCGCUUUGUUUCUGGAUUGAAAAAUGGCAUCCACGUCUCAUCCAUUGUCACAACCGACGAAAAGAAAGUCACAUUCAUGCUGUCGUUGCGCGUCAACAUUGCUUGGCAACAUGCCACACGGGCAGCCAUGUGGUCGUCCGUCAGCAUUCGUGGCACCCACCUGGAUGACAGUUUUCGCAUUUUCAGGUCGUCAUGAAGGAUUGUGUGCACAGAGCCCACAGAAAUGCAAACUCUGGAGGCGAUGUGUUCAACAGUCAUUCGGCGGUUCCCCAAAACAAUUCUCUCCACUUUCUCGGCCAUGUCGUCUGAUCGGCUUGUGCGUGCCCGAGGUUGUUUCGGUUUGUUGUCACACGAUGUUCUGCCUUCAUUAAACUGUCGCACCCACGAACGCACUUUCGACACAUCCAUAACUCCAUCACUACAUGUCUCCUUCAACUGUCGAUGAAUUUCAAUUGGUUUCACACCACGCAAAUUCAGAAAACGAAUGAUUUGCACGCUGUUCAAGUAAUGAAAACGUCGCCAUUUUAAGUAUUUAAAACAGUUCUCAUUCUCGCCGCUGGCGGUAAAAUUCCAUCUGCCAUACGGUGCUACCAUCUCUGUGAAGUAUUGACAAUGAACGCGGCCUCAUUUUAAAACAAUGCGCAUGUUUCUAUCUCUUUCCAGUCCGGAGAAAAAAAUCGGAGGCCUUAGAACUAGAAUGCACCUCGUAUAUUUAAAACAUUCUGCAGCAUUCCAUGACAAUGGAGAACUGACACACUGCUUCAAUCAGUUACAAUUUAGACUACUGCUUAUAUGUUAAAGGCAUGUAACGUAUAGUAACAGAUCCAAUAUGUCCGUAAAAUGUAAAUAAAGUGUGCCCUCAUUUCGAUGAACAUCAAUUUGUACAGCUACAGAAAACGAUCAAGUUCGAUGUUGAUGACUGUAUUUAUCUCUUUCACGUGUAAUUGAAAGUGUGUAGCAAUCCACUGCAGCAGUAAAUCUAGUCGUCUUUAAUUAUAUCUAUUUGCAGUAGCCAGUUGCAGUCCACCCAUGCCGAGGUAGUAUCUUCGCCUCGGCGGACGUGAUUUGUUCCGCGAAAGAGCUAACAAAGAAACAAAGAAUAUACUUCCUACGCAGUAGAUGCUCGUCACUAACAGGGAACUUGUGUGAACCGUUUAAGUGGGUAGCCAAGGCCGCUCGAUCUCUAAUGAACCAGCUAGAUCGUUCUCCAAUCCUAAUUCCCACGUGGACCUAGGCGGGACAUCUCCUGACUCACGAAGGCCGUCUGACGACCUGUAGACUGCGUAAUAGCGCCCUGUUGUAACAUGUUGCAACAGAAAUAAACGCGGCAUCUAAUGAUGUCCAAUCUCUGCGAGUAGUAUAAUCUGGCCAGGAACACGUUAUGCACCUGAAAAAUAAGCCUAGAAAAACAAUUAAGACUGGGUAAAAAGUCACCAAACGACACCAUAAAGCUGUGUUCUCUCCAGCAUUUAACGUAAUCUUCAGAACUGCUGAAGCCCCUACGGGGAUAUCUCAGUAGAAAGGAGAGUACCAGCGACACGAAAGCAGUUUUCGGUUCCCUUCAGCGUUCGUCUACAGAUCUAUAUGACAGUAAAUUCUUUCACGUUCAUUCAGUCACAAUUGUUAAAAUUAUUUGAUACGCUGCGUAAGACGAUUCACAUUUUCAUAUGUCCUCUUGCGUUAUGGUGAAAUCAUUAUCUCCGCCACAUCCUUUCGGAGAUGUUGCUCUUACGAUAAUAGAGAGCCCUGUUAGAAGUCAGAAUAGAAGCAAUGGUUGAACACAAGUGAUAUAUAUGUCGGAUAUUGCAACUGACUACUGGCUGCAAAGUACAACGGUUUCUACUCAAACUACCGUGGAACAUGGAGUUGAAAAUCGUCAUUAUGUGUGUAACCUUAGUUUUAACUCUGCAAUAGGGGAAGCUUUACGCCUCGACUGAGCCCGUCAACACCGACAUUGGACUGUUGAUGACUGUAAACAUAUUCACUAGACGGACGAGUCUCGUUUCAAAUUGUAUCGAGCGGGUGUAUGUGUACGGGUAUGGAGACAACUUCAUGAAUCCAUGGACCCUGCAUUUCAGCAGGGAACUGUUCAAGUAUACAAAUCUUUAACAUAAUGCAGCGCGUACAGCAACCGUGAAAUGUACAGAAAAUAAACCUUUUUUUCAGCCUUCAGUUGCAAGGUAAUUUUUACUCGUUUACCUAGGUUUUGAUUCCAGUAAUGGCCAUGUCACAGAUUAAAAAUUAAAACAAUAAAGACGCAUAAUCAUAAGAUUAUGUCUGUCAAAAUUAAAACCAUUAAGGCGAACGUAGACCGAGCUACGCCGGCCAGAUAUAAGGACCACACGAGAGCGGCAUGUGGCCAGUGUUUGGCUCUGAAAAUAAUUUAA